ACUCUCACUCUCUCUCUCUCUCUCUCUCUCUCUCUCCCUGUAGAGUUCGCCCUAGCCCUAGCCCUAGCCCUAGCCCUAGCACUCGCCCUCGACCUCGCUCUCGCUCUCGCCUGUCUCCCCGAUCCAAAUAGGUACGAUUAAUCCUUUUCCCCCCUCAUCAACCAAUUUGUGUUUAUUUUAGGUUGGAUUCAAAAGCUCUCUCCGUGGUCGCCGAACUCCGUGAACAGCGAAGAAACCCUAAUCUUGGACUCCGAUUCCCCUUCGAUCGGAAUUAGAGUAGAGGGGCCGAUUCUACUAACGGCGAAAUGGGUACUAAACGGAAAGAAAGAACUGAUGAGACUCCUGAUCCGAUUUCGCUUUCGUACCCCGAUCCGGAAUUCUUCGACUUUGACGAAUGCAGGGAUCGGAGUUUAUUCGAAGUCGACCAGAUUUGGGCGCUAUAUGAUGAUCUCGACGGAAUGCCUAGGUUUUAUGCUCGAAUUAGGCACAUCUAUGAAAAUCAAGAUUUCAAGGUGGGCUUCACUUGGUUAGAGCACGAUCCUUCAAAUGCAGCUGAGAUGGCGUGGUCUCGUCAGCAAUUGCCUGUUGCUUGCGGGAGCUUCAGGCGAGGGAAAGCAGAAGUAAGUCAAGACCCUCUCAUGUUCUCCCACAUUAUUUCUUGGGAAAAAGGUAAAAAGAAGAACGGUUAUGAUAUUUAUCCGAAAGAGGGUGAAGUUUGGGCUGUUUACAAGGGCUGGGAUAUCGCGUGGAGCUCAGAUCCGGACGACGACAGGACAUUCGAGUAUGAAAUUGUUGAAGUCCUUUCGGAUUUUGUGGCGGGAAGCGGUAUCAAUGUCAUUCCUCUAGUUAAGGUAGAAGGUUUCGUGAGUCUGUUUGUGCGCGCAAAAGACAAAGCACCGUAUCGUAUACUAUCCAGUGAAAUACUUAGGUUUUCACACAGAGUCCCCUUUCACAGGAUGACCGGAGCUGAACGUGACGGUGUCCCACAAGGUUCUUUUGAACUAGAUACUGCAUCUCUUCCUAUUAACAUGGAAGAUGCUUUUCCAUCUGUUCCUCUUGAAUGCGGUACGACCAAAACCGGAAUAUCUCCUAAAAGUUCAACUAAUGAUGCAGGAGUUGGGCCUGCUGCCGUUAAGGAGAUUGAGAGGGUGAGGAGGAAGGAAUUUGACCAUUCUCAAUUAGCAACCACGUUCCAUUGCUCGGAUGAAUAUCCUGCCCCUGAGUUCUGCAACGUUGAUGACGGGAAAUUGAUCAAUAGGAUCCAGCCGGGGCAGAUUUGGGCGCNUUUUUUUUAA